AUGCGUGGCAGCUUCCGUCGCGGUCGCGGUGGCAGCGGCAGUGGCGGUGGCGUAUGGGGGCAGCCAGCCGCUGCGGACGAAGAUGCAUGGAACGCAGCGCCACCCAGCUUCCAACCACCGGUGCGCCGUGUUGACCCGCUGACACUGACGGCGGUGGAGGUGGAGGUAGAUGGGGUGAAGAAACUAGUCGGGCAGCGCGUGCAGGUGUCUGGUUUGUCGGACGAAACCACCUGGCACACUCUGAAGGAUCAUCUUCGCCAGGCCGGCGACAUCACAUUUUGCCGACUCUUCUCUGGCGGUCGCGGAAUGGUGGAGUUUGCAGUCCCCGAGGAUGCCGCCCGGUGCAUCACGGAACUGCAGGGCUCUGAGUUGGAGGGAGCCACAUUGUACCUCCGCGAAGACCGCGAGGAUACCGUACUCAUCAACACACGACGCAAGAUCCGCGAUGCCCGCGAUGCCCAGCUUCGUGCGCGCAAGGAAGAGGCCGAAAAGGUGCGCCGUGAGAGGGCGAUGGCUCAGGGAGACGUCUCCAGCGACUCAGCAGUGCAGUGA